UAAGGGCCGUAACGCUGGGUAUCCAGCCAGAAACGCAACGCAACGCAACUAAACCAAACGAAACGCAACGCAACGCAACGAACGAACGAACGAACGAACCAAGCACCACCGAAAUUGCGACAGCACUGCGCCUGGCCACGACGACCAACGGACCAGCGACGACUACACAUACUGCGAUACUGCCAACUACUGCCACGAUGGCCGACCACCAGACUGACACAAAUGAUAAAACGACGAUGGAAAGUAUAGCGCAAAACAUACUCGAGGUCAGUGCCGGAGGUGGGUCUACUACGUCGAAUCAAGUGGCCGCCUUGGAAUUUCAAGCCUCGCAGGUGAUAUCGAGGCUCGAGGAAGCUGUAGAGAGAGCAGCCGACGGUGGCGGUACCACCUGGAACAAUCCCUCUGGAUUUCUUUCGCAGUCGAAAAGCCCUGAUGAAAUAUUAACUUUGAUUCAGGAUUUGGUAAUUCACGACGACGCUCCGCAACCAGCGGAGGAUGGUUCGACCGAGACUUGUACCAGCCAGGUGACGAAUCUACCAACGUUAACAGAGCCAGCGAAAUUAGCGUUAAUUACACACGCUGUUUCCGCGUACGCUCUCGCGCUUCCAAAAUCGCACGCUCAGAAGCUAGCCGGUCGUUUGGCUGCCGACACCACGAGAUGGCUCAGUCAUAUUUUCCGUUUCAUCGACUGUGCCUCCUCGUUUCACGAGGACCACUUGGAAGGUUUAGUCAGGGUAACCAGGUUGGCGCUACACCGAAAGUAUCCUCGAUAUAUGGAAGAGGGUUUCACAGCUCUUACAGCUUCGCCGCCUCUAAUUUAUAGUUCCGUGGCCGCAUCUUUAGGUGUGGUUCAACAUCUAUGCAGACAGCUUUCUUUGCCGCUUCACUGCGUAAGACACAUUCCCUAUAAUACAAUGUUCGGAUCACGGUACAGUAUGGACGUUUCGGCUCUAGAACGACGUUUGGCGGAAGAUACUCAGUCGAACAGUGUAACGCCGCUUCUAGUGUUGGCCGAAGCGGGUUCGGUACUAACGGGACAUUGCGACAACAUCGCUAGGCUUCGUGCAAUUUGCGAUAAAUACAAUGUCUGGCUCCAUCUCCGUGGACAUUGUUUGGCUGCGUUAGCGCUGAAUAAUUCAGCGAAAGACUUGCCUUCAAAGGUAGCGGAUAGUAUUACAUUACCUCUUGGUGUUUGGCUAGGUAUACCGUCGUUGCCAGUAGUCACAUUGUACAGACUAACGGACACGAAAGGUGGUCGACCCACUCCGAGAGACACAACUUUAUCGUUUGUGUCGGGUUUAAUGACGGAUUCGUUGUCCAGACGUUUACCGACUUUACCACUGUGGGCUACGUUACAGGCUUUAGGUCGAGACGGUGUACAUAAUAAACUCAAGAGAUGCUUUUUAGCUGUGGAAGAAUUGUACAAUAAAAUAAAAAAAUUUACUUGCAUAGGAAUUUUGAGUCAACCACCAGGAGGGGAAACAGGAUCCUAUACGAUAAACGAAUUGUUAACGAAUCCUGUUAACAAUCCGCAACUCUUCGAAGCGGUGGCCAGUGCUUUAGUCUUUCAAUUUUUGCCCGCGGACAGAGAUGCUCAAGCAAUGGAACGCGUUCCACCGUAUUACGACAAACUAAAUUCCUGGCUGGGACAAAUUCUUCAAAGAGAUAUCGAGAACGUACAAAUAGAGCUGUGCGAGAUCGAACACCAUGGCGUAGCGAUUCGCAUUUGCCCUCUCGAAAACUCGGAAUCACCACCUACGACCGAGGAUAUAGAUAACGUGGUGGCUUGUCUCGAGCAACAGAUAGAAAUAUUGCUGGCGACAGUCGAACGCAAAGAAACAUUUGUAAAAUUAGUCUCGGAGAAUGAUUCGUUGCAUUUAGUGGAGAUGCCAGGUUGGGCUGGUUUAGGAGGUGUUCGUUACGCUCCUCCCACUUGGAUUCACGUAAUGACGGAUCAGGCCAAGGAGGAAUUGAAUAGAUUGAAUACGCAAUUGGUCGAAGCUUUACGAAGCACGGACGCGGCGUUUUCUUUGGGGGAAGGAGCCGACGGUUUGGCAUGCGUACGAUUUGGAAUGGUUACGCAAGACACGGAUGUAGCCGAAUUAUUGUCUUUGGUUUUGCAAGUUGGUCAAGAAGUGGAAGCUAGUUCCAAGUUACUCGAUACGAUAUCCGAGGUGGUAAAGAGAGGCAUCGAAGCAGCGCAGACAGAUUUGGAGAGAGAAAACGCCGAAAAAUUAUGGCAAGAAGGUAUUCUUAGGCACGUGCCCGUCGUUGGGACCUUUGUCAAUUGGUGGAGCCCACCUUCGAAGGAGACUGGAGUUCGCGGACGUAGUUUAAAUCUACAGGCUGGAGUCGUCGAAAGUACAGAGAAUAUUUACAAGUACCACAUGCAACUGCAACCGAAUUCUACCGUGGUCAAUGGAUCUGGAGCUAGAACUCCACCGCAACCGUUGGUGCAAACACCAGUUGGCGCGGGAAGUCAGAGUCAUAGUCGGUCUUCGAGUCACUCUAGCCUGCAGAGCGGCAAAAGUAUUUCCGCGAUCGCAAACAUCGCUUCUCAUCCAUUGGUAAAAGAGGAAUCUGGCGAGGUCAAGUCGUAGUGAACGUCAAAUGGCAUGGUUUGUCGACGGAAAACAACAUCUGCGUCGAGUCUGCGGACUUGACGUGAGAAAGAAACGAUGCCGUGGCUGAAACGCUCGUAACGAAUCUUUCCCGCGAAAGUUACUCUUUACGUUGGCAGAGGAGAGCAGAGCAAAGCAAAGCAUUAGUUCUCUGAAACGUAAGCCGAAGAGCUUGGUAACUCGAGCCAGGUAAACUCGCGCUGUCCAUUCUUUAUCGAGCAAUUUUCUUCUCAAACAUUUUACCUUAUCCUUCGGUCGUGAUCCGUACACAGUGUUCUUUUCUUUUCAACGGCUUCUUACUUGGACGUUUUAACUGUGCAAGCUCGCAUACGAUUUGCUUAAUUAUGGCUGAUGUACUUAUUAGACUGAUACAAAGUAAAAUCGUUACUGUUACGACGAGUUUGAUAAAAAGCAUCGACUGUCAUCGUUUACUCAAGCAUUUCUUACAGCACAAUGGUCAGCCAGACAUACACGUCUCGCAAGUGAUGUUCGCGUCACAAUAUUCGAAUGUUAUUACGUUCGCUUUAAUUAGUCGAACGUAUAUCGAUAUUCCAGCGCGGAGUAAAAGUUUAAAUAAAUGUGAUAGAAUUUUACACGAUACGUUGUUUGUACACGAGUUCAAAUGAAAUUUUUCAACAAGAUGUCCCUUAUUUUUACUCAUCGGCGCCGCCUAUCACGGUCAUUGAAAACACCGAUACGAUUUUCAUUGGUUUCUUUCGAAACAGCACAAGGUAUAUUCGAUAGACGUCGGUACACGAAAAAUCGUGAUCGCGCUACCAUCAUUUUACGACGUUACAAUUUCUUCAUAGUUGCUAAGCUUUUACCAACGAUCCAACUAAACGUAUCUAAAGAAGAACGGGGACGGGAACGGAAACGGAAACGUUCCGACAUUAAAGCGCCGACUCACCAAAGAGACACUCGCAGGAGUAGUGCUGGACACGUGGAUCGUCGAUUCGACGAAAAGUUCGUUCGUGCUUCUAAUAAUCGAAAUGCGGAAAACAUUAACCAACGCGAUCAUACGAAUGCCGUGUAAUUCUUCUUUUUAGAUCAAGAUUGGAACGCAACGCGAACCGUUGCUCUGUAAUAAUGUGUAAUUUUGCCAACAAAGGCCAGGAUUCGUCGGAUUAUAGGAAAAACUUGAACAAAAUAUUUGCAUUACGCUACAACUCGGUAAAUUGUUGACAGAUACAUUAAACGAAAAGAAAUUGAACUGUAUGUAUAUUUAUGUACCAAAUUGUUGUAAUAAAGUAUUACAAUCGGUAUACCGUA